AUGGUUGACACCAUUAAGAAUGAUCCAUGGCUGCCGGCCCGCGGCCAAUGGGUACAAAAGCUGAUUGAUCUUAAUAUUCGCCUGUGCGAGAUUGUCCAACGCGAGGCGUAUCUGGUCAAACAAUGCGCUGAAUCAGAGGAUCUGCUGAAGGAUACUAAGAAGUCACAGCAGCAGCUGGACGAGUGGCAUGCGGAGAUGGAAGCUCUUAACCAGGACUACUGGAGCGUUGAACGGAUGCUCUAUGCUAAUUAUGCACUCUGUCCCACUGGACCUUUGUGGCGAGCAUAUCUCGCCGCUCGAAAAGUACCGCAAUGGCACCUUUUUGCCUGGUUGAACGAAGAUUGUGUGAGAAGAGGCGGUUGCUGCGGUCGAGCUUGUGGCUGUUGUAAGAAGCCACGAAGCUCCCUCCAGUCCAAGGGCGACGGACAUUGUACGAGAAUGUGUGGUUGCUGCAUGGAGUCUCGAGGAUUUUCGUUGAAUGAGGAGCAGCAGAAGCUGUGUCAGCCCACUGUAAAUGUGAUGUGUGAGAGGAGAGACAUGUGA